CGACAUCCUUUACAAACGAGCAGAACGCCUUCCUUUUUCUAUGCGGAGGAGUACAUCUCAAUUAAGCGAUAGAAAGAUUCGCUGCCAUUGUUAAUAGGCUCCGUUUGUUGGUGGGUGUGGACGACAAAUCUAGGCAUAAAAGUAUAUUACUAGUAGCUCCGUUGGAGGCUCCACUCCCACUGAAUGCCACUCACUUCAGUUCUUGCGCUGCUGAAGAGGUUUCUGCUUCUCCUCCGCUCCACCCACCACCAUGCUCAAGUUCCAACCCAGAUUCUUUUGUUGCAAGUUUAAACGUCCUCUGGAUUCCUUCAUCGACAUUGCCCAUAGGCUAUAGCCUUCUGAGUACUGACCUACCAUGGAAGCAGCUGAUGAGGAGACGCCAUUGAUUCACUACCUGCCUCCACAGGAUGAGGGUUCACAAUAUACUAGCGACGGAACAGUUGAUGUUAACAAAAAGCCGGCUCUGAAACGGAGUACAGGGAAUUGGAGAGCAUGCUAUUUGAUUUUAGGUUCUGAAAUCAACGAAAGCCUGGCCUUCUCUGGGAUACAGAAGAACUUGGUGACCUAUCUCACGAGCGUGCUCCACGAAAGCAAUGUCGACGCUGCCAAGAAUGUGUCCACCUGGAUCGGCAGCUGCUUCUUCACGCCGCUUAUCGGAGCUUUCCUGGCCGACACAUACUGGGGAAGAUACUGGACAGUGGUGAUUUUCAUCUCGAUCCAGGCCGUUGGGAUGAUCGCCCUCACCGUUUCAGCAUGGCUUCCACUGCUCCUGGAUUCAUCCUUCAACAGCACCAGCAUUCAUCGUGCUGCGGUGUACGUUGGGCUCUAUCUCAUCGCUGUCGGGUCCGGUGGCAUCAAGCCCUGCACCUCGGCCCUUGGCGCCGACCAGUUCGACGGCGCCGACCCGGCGGAGCGGGUGAACAAGGGCUCGUUCUUCAACUGGUUCUUCUUCUCCAUCAACCUGGGCUCCCUGCUGUCGUCGACCGUGCUUGUCUGGGUGCAGGACAACGUUGGGUGGGGGGUCGGGUUCGCGAUCCCGAUGGCGCUCACCGUGCUCGGACUCGCUGUGUUUGUUGCCGGCAGGAAGGUGUACAGGUACAAGAAGCUGGAAGGGAGUCCUCUCACGAGAGUCUUGCAGGUGGUUGUUGCAGCGGUGAGGAAUUACAGUUUGACGCUGCCUGAGGACAGCUCAGCUCUGCAUGAGAUGUCUUCGCCAAAUGAGACGAAUCGCAAGACUGCCCAUACCUGCCAGUUCAGAUUCUUCGACAAGGCUGCCAUUGUAGCGCCGUCGUCGUCCGGCGAGAAAGGCGCGGCGUCGACGGUCAGCCCCUGGAGGCUCUGCACUGUGCCCCAGGUGGAGGAGUUGAAGUUGCUGCUCCGGAUGUUCCCCGUGUGGGCAUCGAUGGUGCCCUUCUUCGCGGUGACCUCGCAGGCGUCGUCGACGUUCAUCGAGCAGGGCAUGGCCAUGGACAACCGCGUCGGCCCGUUCACCGUGCCGGCGGCCUCCCUCGCCACCUUCCACACCAUCAGCAUCAUCGUCGGCAUCCCCAUCUACGACGCCGCGCUGGUGCCGCUGGCCCGGCGCGUCACCGGCAACGACCGUGGCCUGUCGCAGCUGCGGCGCCUCGGCGUCGGCCUCGCGCUAUCCGUGGCCGCCAUGGCGUACGCGGCGCUGGUCGAGGCGAGGCGGCUGGCGGCCGCGAGCGAGGGGGCCAUGAGCAUCGUGUGGCAGGCGCCGUCCUUCGCGGUGCUCGGCGCCGCGGAGGUGUUCACCACCUCCGGCGUGCUCGAGUUCUUCUAUGACCAGUCGCCCGGCGGCAUGAAGAGCCUGGGCACCUCCCUGGCGCACAUCGCGAUCGCGGCCGGGAGCUACCUGAACUCGGCCGUGCUGGGCGCCGUCGCGUGGGCGACGGCGCGCGGCGGGGCGGCCGGGUGGAUCCCCGACGACCUGAACGAGGGGCAUCUGGACUAUUUCUUCUGGUUGAUGGCGGCCCUCAGCGUGGUGAACCUGCUGCACUUCGUGCACUGCUCCCGGAGAUACAGGGGCAACAAGACAGCGUAUUGACACGCAGGAUGCCCCUUUUCUGUUCAUGUGUACAAUCCCCAUUGUUCAGUUACUAUCUACUACUACUACAUUGCAGCCUAGAGUAGACAUCCAAAUGUCAUUCACUUUUUCCAGGACCAGAUCAACAACUUGAAAAGAAAAAACGCCAUGCCCCCUCUGUGCGUCUCGCUCCCGACGACGGCAACCCCGCCCCACCCGACGCUCCUCCGCCACCCCAAUCCACCAGCCACGCUCCACCGCUUCAAUGCCGCGCCCAGGGCCUCUGCAACCGCCUGGCCGACGCUGACGCUUGUCAGAAUCCCCAAAAUCAAAUCCCAGCGAGAUCUGGGGGCCCCUACCCGCAGAUCCACUCCCCCCACCUCCCGCAGAUCUUUCCCCCCAAAUCCAGGAGCGGUGAUGCUUCCCAGGUAUGCUCCGUUGUGCAGGAAACACCGGAGUCCCGGCAGGGCUCCUCUCCGUCGCUCCGCCGCACCUUCGCCCAAGUUGUUUUUGGAGACGAUGAUCAAGGGCAUGUUUAGUUCCCAAAAUGCAAACUUUGGCACUAUG